AUGGCCCUCCGCCUCCUCCCCCCGCCGCGCGUCUCCCUCGCCGCAUCGCGCAUCGCGAGUUCCGCCUCUCGCACCUCAAAUUUCUCCCGAUCCUUCUUCACUCUCCCCGGCUCCUCCCCGACGACCCAGAGCCUCACCGCAACCCGCAGGCUACCCUACGCCCCGGCACCGCUCUACGACCUCAUCUCCGACAUCGACUCCUACGUCCAGUUCGUGCCCUACUGCUCCCGGUCCCGCGUCACCCAGUGGUCCGACCCCGACGCCGCCGGUCGACGCUGGCCGACCCUAGCAGACCUACACGUUGGCUGGGGUGGCUUCGAUGAGGUAUUCACCAGCCGCCUCCGCUGCGUACCCGGCGUCUCCGUCGAGGCCGUCAGCGGCUCGACCCAACCCGGCGGUGGGGGCCCCGAUGCUUCGGCCGUCUUCCGGAGCUUGGUGACGCGGUGGUCGGUCAAGGAGCUCGCCAGUCUGCCCUCGCCAUCGACUGAAGUCCACCUCGCCAUUGACUUCCAGUUCACCAACCCUCUAUAUGCCGCGGUCAGCGCAGCUGUGUCCGACAAGGUCGCCGGGUUGAUGAUUGAGGCCUUCGAGAAGCAAGCCCGCCAAAAGCUUGGGUCACGGCGAAAGCUAUGA